ACGAUAACCUAAGGAUUGGCCAACACUGAACUCGGUUCAUUCAUCACAUUUUUUUUCUGUUUAGCUUUUUCUUUUAGUUUGUUAUUGUUUUAUUAUUUUGCGUUGUUGUUCUCUGCUUUAUUUCGCGUUAUUCUUUUAUUAACUAUGAGUGAAAACAAAGAGUUGUGACACGGUUGUAAAACAAGCCUUCCGUCCAAACGGUAAAAUGACAACAGAGUCGUAAACUGAAAUGUCUGAGAAACUCCCAUUGUGUCGAAAAACGUUAUAUGAAAAAUGGUAGCUAGUUUACAAAACAAAAAAGAAGCCUUAGAAGCAAAAUUAAGGGAUAAAACCAGUGAAUUGCGGAAACUCUGCAUUGAAGAGGCCGAGUUAACAGGAGUUCUACCAGUAGAGACUCCUAUUGAACCGGGUGAAGGGCCACCACAUUUCCGAAGAAGAAUUGGAACAGCUUUUACUUAUCCAGAAAACCUUAUAAAUAAAUUAAAUCAAAAAUCCAAAGAGGAUGAGGCUGUUGCUGCCCUCGAACUUGAAUGCAAAAUACAAACAGGCAUAGCUGAGGCAGCAUUGGGUUUAGCCAAUGAUGUCUCAGCUAGUAAAUCUGUCAGGAGAAAGCAUAGGCUUUUGUUUGAAGAAAGCCAAAGAAGACUAUCCGAACUUGAAGCAAAACUGAGUGCGGUGAAACAAGUUCAACCCAAGCAUAAAAAGAAACCAAGACCUCAUACAGAUUUAGUUGAAGAAAAUGGAGAAGCUGAAUUCGAUGAAGAUCACAAUUUUCAUCAUCCAACAUCCUUGACUUCUUUGUCAGACCGAUGUUCAAAUUCCUUGCGGCAUUCCCAUACUUAUGGAGGCCUUCCAAAACAAGAACCACAACUUCAGUCCUAUCCUCAAAGGAUGGCCCAAAGUCACAUGCAUUUACCUACAAUUGAUUACAGACACAAUCUUUUGGAUCAUCACCCACAUCAGCAUCAUGUGCGAUCAAACAAUCAUUCACCAAUUGAUCCCAAUGCAGUUAUGUGGAAUAAGGGGAGAGAAAAUUGGCAGUACAAUCAUGUGGCACAUCACCCACAAUAUAUGACUCAUUCCCCUGACCUGUAUGCUGUAGAUUCGAUGAUAUAUCAUUUUAAUGAUAGGUUUGGUAGCUUAGAUAGGAAUGUUUCAGCACCACAAACUAUAGACACAGAAAGCAGGGUCUCAUCAACUUUACCAAGAAAUGUGUAUAUUCCCCAUUCCAACACUCUGGUGUUGCUUCCAAGUCAAACAUAUCCAGAAAAUAGUCUUAUGAGGACACAGUCUCUAGGAAACAUGGAUAAUCUUAAGCAACAACCUGAUAGGAAGACAAAGGAGAAAGAAUGGUAUGAAACAAGUUUAGAUGCAUCACCGCCAAAACAUUCUCCAGUGCCUGAAUCACCACUUCCUCCUACACCCUCCCCUCUUCCUGUCCUUGCAGUCUCUUCUAAACCUAUUGAACAAACAUCUCCAACCUCAAUUUCCUGCCCUCCUUUGAUUCCUGAAGCAAACCAAGCAUCUGUGAGCAGUAUCCAUUUUGAAACUGUUGUUCCUUAUGAAUCCCCUAAGAAUCACACCGUUGUUCAAGCUGGAAAAUGGCAACCGUACAGGGAAGUCACAAAACCUUUUGAAAUGUCUGAUUUUUAUAAAUACAGUACAAAAUUUAGACAAACCAAAAAUAGUGUACAAGUGGCCAAUAGCCAAGGCAACCAAGAACAACACAGCAGCCAACAAAAAGUUGUGUACAAACCUCCACAACCUCUUGAAUGCCAACCAGUCAACCCUAGUGAAGUUUCGAAAACUUUGCAAUCAAUCAAUUCUCAACACGUAGAGAAUUAUUUGCCUCAAGUCUCUCAAGGGUGGUAUCACGACAAGACAAUAUCGAAACCACGUUCAUCCACACUUGUGUAACACAUUACUUAUGUUAUUGGUGAAUUAUAAAAUAUUAAUAGACCAUUUGACACUUGUUGCAACAGAAAAUCACAUUAAAAGUUGGUAUAAAAAAGAAUGAAAAUGAUAUACUGGGAUAAUAAAGUUAAUAUUAUACAUGUCUGAAUUGUAGGGUAAAAAUAACAUUAGGACAUAUUUAUUAAGGUAGUGGCAGGAUCAGCAGUGAUAAAGACUUUCUUUCCCACAUACUGAUUUUUGUUCUAAGUCUAAUUGAAUGACAAUUUGUGGUCGUCUUAUCUACUUAAAGUCUGGAUAGCCCAAACUGUUAAAAUAAAAUGUGAAAUAUCAGAAUCGAAAGCUAAUCUUUUACAAGAAUUACGUUCCGAGUAGAUUAAAUCUACAAGUUUUUAGGUUCCACGUACAGUGCUCUCUCACUAAUCUGAACUUCGGUGCUCCAAACAUUCCAGUAAUCCGAACUGGAAAAAAAAA